GCGCCUCCAGUCGCGGUGGAGCGCGGCGUUGGCGGCGGAUGGAGGGCGCGAUCGGGCGGCCGCCGAGGCUGCACCCAGCGGGGCGCUGAUGCGGCGCCUGGACCUUAGCUGCGCGACUUCGGGGGCGUCGGCCGAGUUGGCACUCCGCGAUGCAGCUCCUGAAGGCGCUCUGGGCACUCGCUGGGGCCGCGCUCUGCUGCUUCCUGGUCCUAGUGAUUCACGCGCAGUUCCUCAAAGAAGGUCAACUGGCCGCUGGAACCUGUGAGAUUGUGACCCUCGACCGGGACAGCAGCCAGCCACGGAGGACGAUUGCCCGGCAGACAGCACGCUGCGCAUGCAGAAAGGGGCAGAUUGCAGGCACCACGCGAGCCCGGCCUGCGUGUGUGGACGCAAGAAUUAUCAAGACAAAGCAGUGGUGUGACAUGCUCCCCUGCCUGGAGGGGGAAGGCUGCGACUUGUUAAUCAACCGGUCAGGUUGGACUUGCACACAGCCCGGAGGGCGGAUAAAGACCACCACGGUCUCCUGACAAUCGCAGCCCCUGUGGUGCCCCUGGGAGUGGCCGUGGCUCUCUGGAGAUUCUACACCUCAGCCACAGUCCUCCACCCUGUGUGGACACCGCCUGUACUCCACCUACCCAGUUUCCCAGAGGCCUAACCAGGACAGCCCAGUUCCUCGGAGCUCUGAGCUCAAGUCUGUCCAGCCGAACCCAGGAGGCCAGGACUCAGACACACAGGUUGGGGGUAGUGACAGGAAUCAGCAAUACCUGGUGUGUGGAGCCUGGUUGCACCCACUCUCGCCAGCCACUUGCUCCCUGGAGUUGGAGGACAAGAACAAGGAGGCUGUAGCCCAGCAAGCUGAGCCACAACACAAGGUCCAGGGACUGUCGGUGCGGAAGCCACCACUACCUGUGUCCCAGACUGUCUGAAACGCUUUUAUUUUCUUAUACUUUCAGUAUACUCAAUAGACCAAAGAGCAAAUCUAUUUUAACGUGGACACGUCCCUGCUGCCAAGAGUUCCCAGGUUUGAUUGUGGGGCGGGGGAGGGCACAGUGGCAGACAUGCUGGUGGCCCAGGCAGCAUGGAGAGGGCAUCCGCAGCCAAGACCCCCGCCCCACGAACACUGCAGCGUGCUCUAGGAGGAUGGCUUUGCCCAGAAGGACACCACUGUGGUGCACCUGCAGGACCCAGCCGGGGUGUGGCCGGCAACGGCCCCCAGCGGACAGCAAGGGCCCCGGACACAGACCCUUUGCCCCUGUGCUUAGACCAACUCUAUCGUACUAAAAUCACUUUCUGUUUUAACCAGUUAGACAUGCCUCUUCCACAGCUCCAUUUUUGAUAGUUGGAUAAUCCACCAUUUGCCAAGAGCAUGCUGGGUCUCCCGUGACUGCUAUCUCAUCUGAUACACCAUUUAGCUCCAGAAAGCAAAAUUAAAGAAAACGGAAGUAACCCUGUUUGAAAGAGAUCAUUAAAUGUAUUUUGCAAAAGCCUAAA